AUGGGUAUCGGCCCGCAAAUACCACCAGAAGUCGCCGCUCGGCUAGGCAUAUCCGAGGAUGAAACACCCCGGUCAAUUGGGCCGACGAUGCCGCCAAAGCAGAUGCAGGAAGCAGACUCUGACAUCGACGAUGACAGACCAAGGGAUAUCGGGCCGACAAUGCCACCAAUACUAGACACUAGGGAGGACAUCACCUCGAGUGGAUCUGAGGAUGAGGCGAUUGGCCCCUCUCUGGACAUGGCCGGAUGCUCCGAAGGGACAAGCGCGCCAGCAAACAUUAGACCUAAUCGAGGCCCGCACAGCAAAGCAUGGUGCAGCAGGCCCUGA